CCUCGAGCACACGGAAGCUGUUUACCUGUACAGGCACGAUUUCAUACGGAUUGAAAGUGGGUUGACAGAUUUCUGAUUCGAGGAAAACGCGGUGGUUUGCAGCUAGCUUACCUUGGGGGAAAGUGCUCGGUUGCUGGAAAGCGUUUGUUUUUAUUGAACAGGAUGAAACAAUCAAAAAGUGCAUCGGAAUUGAUUGACUUGAGCUUUCUGUCUGCUGAGGAAGAGGCAGCCAUCCGACAAGUGCUUCUGAGAGAUGAAGAUUUAAAGCGACUGGAGAGUGGACGAGUCAGGACACUGAGGCAGUCAGUUCCUGACCUUCAAAAGCUGAAGACAUUAACAGGUGAGUGGUUUGAAGAGCUCAGGGUCAAGCGAUAUGGGCUGCAGACGGAUGUCACCGCAGUGGUACGGACCUCCAUGAGAUGGAAGAAAACAGCAGCCCAUAAAACCAACCCUUUCCUGAAUGACAUAGUAGACGAGGACAAAGAGCAUGAAAAGGAGGAGCUCAGCACACCUCCACAUCCAUUUGCUGACCCUAGAUUAAUUCAUCCGGCCCUUAGUAAAGAGACUUAUCAUCAAUAUACUGAUGAUGACUUUACGGAUGAUGAGGCUUCAUCCACUCCAAGAGUGUCUGGUAGAAAAAUAAAACUUCAAGCUGAAAUUGAUGGCAAUCAUGUCCUCAAUGGCAAUGACCCAAAACGCAAUUCAACAGAAGCACAACCCAAACAGCUCUCUGAUGACCGAAUAACAACCAUUUUCCCCUUCUCAAGAGCAGUUCAAGACACUAAACCCGAAAGAGGCCCCGCAAAACAUGCAACAAAUCGAGAGCCAAGGCGAAAAGUUUCACUCCCUCCAGCACUACAGAAAGAUCAAUCGUUUGAGGAGAACUGGGUGAAGAUUUCCCUCGAACCGAACGCAGUGAAGCCUGUGCAUGAUGAAAGCAAUAGUGUUGAACCUGAACUAAAAGAGGGAAAAGACGCUUCCACUGAUUCUGGCGAUGACGGCCCAGUCGAGAUGGGAAAGAAGAAAACGUCUAAUUUAAAGGAGCAGAAUAAAACAGCUGAUAUAAAGAAAAAAUAA